UUUGAACUAAUAAUUUAAAAUGAAGAUAAAAGAUAUAGCAAAUCAAUUUAGAAAGGCGGGAAUCAAUGUCAGACCAAAGUCUCUCCAAACAGUCCAGAAAGCCAUCUCUGAUGUCCAGGAAGCCUUCCAGCAGAAGCAGCUGGACGUGGAAAUGGAAGUCGAGAACGAUCUGAAGAAGUCUAACGACUUUUCAGAUCCUUCUAGUGGCGCAAAAGUAGUCAAGUUCUUCAUCAAGCGCUUUAAGGAGAUCAAGAGUUGCGGAGGCAACUCUGAGAGUAACAUUCUUGAGCAGAACACUGCUCAACAGAUUUAUCUCAGUCUUACUCUGCAGGACUUGGAGGAGGAUAAAGCCCAGGACAUUACUAAAGACUCUAAGAAAAGCAUGGCCACCUUGAUUGCAGAGAAAUCCAAGAAAUUAGAAGAGACUAAAGAGAAGCAGAUCGAUGACCCCAUCUUUGACUAUCUGAAGAAAGAAAUAAUUAUUCUAGAUUCGUUUAAGGAUAUUCCUGAACCCGCUUUUAAAAGUUUCUAAAAUGACUACAACUGAGGGGGAUUCUAAAUCCCUGCUCGGUGGUGCUGAUUCUAGGACUGAGUACUUUCGCAAUAGAAUGAAAAUGUUAGAAGAAGAGCUGAUGAAAGACCCUAGGUUUAUCCGUCCUUCCAUCCUUGACUCAAAUAUAAAGGAAAAGAAGGAAGACACUGUUACAAUCCAACGUCUGAAUUCAGUACUAGGAACUCCAAAUACAGUUUGCUGCAUUGGGAUCCUUGUUAAUGGAGAAGAUGGGCAUCUUCAUAUUGAAGAUGAAACUAUGAGAAUCAGACUAAACCUUACCAAAACUCAUAGCGCAAAAGACUCCUUCUUCACUGAAGGGUCUAUUGUAAUUGUUGAGGGGUCUAACCGUGGAGGAGUGUUCUGGGCUGAUAACAUCCACCAACCUCCAAUGAUUCCAAUGCCAACAAGGAACGAAAUUUCAGAAAAAGAUCACUUCGGAGCAUAUACUUAUGUAAGAAACAACGUGCUUAAUAAAAUUGAAGAAAUUGAUAAGCUCGCAAUGAAUAAAAGAGAAGACCUUGAAGACUCUAUCGAUGAGAAUGAAGGUAUAGUCAUCAUGUCGAAUAUAUUCCUUGAUGAGCCAGAAACCAUUCAUGCCCUUGACAGAAUCUUCACUGCAUAUGAGUCUAUAGAGGCUAUUAACACAUUUAUUCUUUGCGGAGAAUUUAUCUCACUGAAAAAGGCAGACUCCUUAGAUUUUGAAGGGAUUAAAUUUUGAUUUGAUGAACUAGCCAGAAUUAUUAAGAAGAACCUCAGACUGAAAGCUGAAUGAAGGUUUAUUAUCACUUGAAGUGACCAGAUUUUCCCUUGCCCUCCAAUGUUAGAGUACUUCCAUGACACUGCAUUCCAGGGAAUUGAGAAUAUUACAUUUGCUUGUAACCCAUGCCGGAUAAGCUUCUAUGGUAAAGAGAUAGUUGUCAGCAGAUAUGAUUACCUCAAGAGAAUCAAGAAAAACAGUUACUAUCUUGGAGGAGACCUCAAAAGUGAGGGUGAAGAUGCUAACGAGGUUGAUGACAUUACUAAGAUUGCCAACACAAUUCUGUCUCAAGCAAGCUUAAUGCCUUUGUUCUACCUUGUGCAACCUAUUUACUGGGAGUAUGCAGAAGUGCUUAACUUGAACAACUGUCCUGAUUACUUAAUACUUGCUGAUACUUGCGAGCAAUACUCAUUGGAUUCCCUACCAAAUGCCGCUACGAAGGUCACAAAUCCAGGAAACUUUAGCACAAACCAUACAUUCACCAUAGUAUAUCCCCUGCUGGGUAAGAUUGAGAUGAGUAGUCUUCCUGAAGAGGAAUAA